AUGGCAUCCCCAGCCCCAAAAACACACAUAGCGCACACCCUCCUCUCCCGUGCGCACUCCCCGGACAGCGCAACGCAACAAUUCACCGAGCGCAUCAAACAAAAACCGCUCUUCCUCCGCGCCACCUCGCCCUCAGCAUCCGACAACCGCUCACGCCGCCGUCUCCACCGCCUCCGCAAGAAAGAAUACUUCAUCCGCCACCAAAAGCCGCAGCCGCUAUCAGCGCGCGAAAAGCGCAAAUCCGGCCUCUACGACCUGCCGAAGGAAGAAUGCAAAUAUGCCAUUUUUAACGGCCUGCAUGAGCUGUGGGUUGGGUAUAUGCAGGAGGUUCUGGAUUUGAAGGCUGGUGGCGAUGCGCAUGUUUCGCCGACUUCGCACGGCAGCAAGCUUGCCAGUGCGGAUUACCACGGUGCUGAGGUUGAGGUUGUGAGGAGUCGGUGUGCGGGGAGGGUUGGGACUAAGGGGAUCGUGGUGCGGGACACGAAGUUUACUUUUAUGAUUGUUACGGAGCGGGACGAGAUGAAGAGCAUUCCGAAGGAACACACUGUUUUUCGAUUCACGGUUCCUCUGCCGAAAGCUGAGGACACGGAGGAGCGGAACGAAUCUGGCGCGGAUCAGCUUAGGCCGUUGGUCUUUGAGUUGCAUGGAAGCCAGUUCGAGAAUAGACCUGUGGACAGGGCUAAUAAGAAGUUUAAGUGGAGGAAUAUUGACUAUGUCUGA